AUGUCUCCGUCCUCGUCGCCCUCACUUGCCCGUUUAGACCUCGAUAUUCGCGAUCAGCUAACUACUACAACGCUUUUCACAGAUCCAACCUCUCUGGACUCUAAUGGUGCCGAGAGCACGCCCGUCCCUGUCGCCGCCAUCGCCGGCGGGACCGCUGCUGCCGUAGCUAGCUGUCUGUGUUGGAAUAAGCGAAUCCGGAACCUGCAGAAGCGGCAUAAACAGCAAGUCGAGAAACGCAUCUAUGUCCGCUUAGGACCCUGUCCAUCUUUCCUUCCCAUGCCCCAGAAAACCCUCCAAGCUGCGAUCGCGUUCAGACGAUCCGUCAUCAAUGGAGGGAAGCCCGACAGUAGUUCAGCGGACACAAUAUCGUCAGAUGCCCGGCGAUCACGGCCUCCAUCUCUGUCGUCCAAGUCCCCGAGCGAACGUAAGGUUCAGUUCGCCGGCGAGCCGGCCAUCACUCCGACACUCCCGCAUGCACAGCUAAAUGCUCCCGGCGCUAUCUCUGCUCCUCGCCCACUCAAACGAAGCCUCAAGUCAUCAGAGAAGCCUGCGCUUCCACCUACUACUGGCACUCCAAGGCCAAGAAGACUCAGGGGAAUCCUUGCAGAGGGAAAGACCUACAGGCCCCUGAAACCCAGUCCACUCGCACACCCGCCUUCUCCUUCUCCUUUGCGCGCUACAGACCCUGGAACACCCAACUCACCCGGCCCGCGCACGGUGCUUGUCGCGCCAGGGCAGAGUGUGUCAUUGGAAACUGCUGUUCGGGGAAAGCUAACGGCCUUGGACGAAAAGGCAGAUAACAGAGGUGCUGCUGGUGCGGCUGACACGAGCACAAGUCGCUUCCCGCGGAUCAAAGCUAGUCUCUCUUCUCUCACAGGAGAGAUGCGACGUCAGUCCAAGGCAUCGCAGAACUCGGGCUCCGACCAGUCCCGACUCUCCAGCGCGGGAGGUUCUGCCCGCCGCUGGAGUUGGUUUUCGCUCGUCAAUGGACCGGGCUUUUCGCUGCGCCAGAUCGGCGUCGGUACAGGGAAGAACAGACUGUCCACUGACACCUCGAUCAUGGAAGAAUGGCAGGAAGAAGAUCCUUCCUUACCCGUCGGAUAUGCGUUCAGUGGGCUUGAUGAGGAGUCCCGAGGAGCGGAAAACGGGGCUGGCAAUCGCAAUGGACACAUCUUUCUCGAUACGGACCCCUACGGGCCAGAUGUGGAGAAGAGUCUGCCUGCUAAACCACAAAGAACUUGA